AAUUGCCACGUAUUACUGCGUCGCCUGAGGGUCACAUUUUGGAGCCCGUCGUGGUGACGUCUUUCUACUACGGCGACGGAGAGGAGGAGACUAUGAAGUCAACACAUCCACACACGCAGGAACGCAUCCAUUCAGUCCAUGCACAUCAGCGAGUCUUCUCUCCUCUCAGACGCGUAAUGCUCGGUGGUCUCUUGCGCCCUCUGUUGGCCGCGUGUGGGCUGGUGCUGCUGCCCGCCGCCGCCGCCGCCGCCGUCCGAUUCAACUACAACAACGGCUUCUACUAUCAUGACGUCAGCAACGGCAACGGCAACGGAGAAAUCUAUUUCAACGGGGUCCGUCUGUUCGUGGAGUCGCCGCAGGCGUCGGUGUCAGCCACCAGGGGCAGUAGCGUCACCCUUCCCUGCCACUUCCACUACGAGCCCGAACUCAGCGCGCCGCGCCGCACGCGGGUCAAGUGGUCGUGGUUGCCCGCCAAUGCCGUCGGCGAGCCCGCCUACCCCCCGACCGCGCCGGCCUACGCCAUAGAAACGCAGGUGAUGGUCGCCAUGGGCAACCGUCACCGCAGCUACGGCGGAUUCCGGGGUCGGGUCCGCCUGCGACGCUCGGCACCGGGCGACUUGUCGCUGGUCAUCAAUGAGCUGCGUCUCAACGACACGGGGCGGUACCGGUGCGAGGUCAUUGACGGGUUGGAGGACGAGAGCAUCACGGUGGAACUAGAGCUGCGAGGUGUGGUGUUUCCGUACUACUCUGACAAAGGACGCUACCGCUUGAACUUCCUGGGGGCCCAGCAGGCGUGCCAGGAUCAGGACGCCGCCCUGGCCACGUUUGAGCAGCUCUUCACGGCGUGGGACGAGGGCCUGGACUGGUGCAACGCCGGCUGGCUGGCCGACGGCACCGUGCAGUACCCCAUCACGGCGCCCCGCGACGGAUGCGGGGGGUCGGACUUGGCGCCGGGCCUGCGCAGCUACGGUCAACGCCAUCGCCUCCUCCACCGCUUUGACGCCUUCUGCUUCUCUGCAUCCAUCAAAGGGAGCGUCUACUUCCUCGCGAGCCCAACCAAGCUCAACUUCACCGAAGCGCUGCAGGCGUGUGCGGAGAACUCCAGUCACAUCGCCAAAGUGGGCCAACUGUACGCCGCGUGGAGGCUCACGGGAUUGGACCGCUGCGACGCCGGCUGGCUGGCGGACGGUAGCGUUCGCUAUCCCAUCACCAAGGCCCGCGUUAACUGCGGGCCGCCGGAACCGGGAGUGCGCAGUUUCGGCUUUCCCCCGCGCCACCAGAAGUUUGGAGUCUAUUGCUAUCGCUAAACCACCGGGCUAUUUUUUUUCGAGGUUAGCUUUAGCUUUAGCCUGCAAGAACAUGGGCAUUAUUGAGGCCAUUUGAGUUGAUUGCUCACCUCCAUCAGAACACAAGUGACUGUGACGACAUCUUAUUAAUGCCUCUUUCCCACUGCACAAGUACUCUCUUGGCUCUACUCGCUGCGGUUCGGGGCAGUUGGUUUUCCACUUCAUUCUAGAACUUCUUCAGUGGUUGGCGUGACUGAGGGCCGCAAGAAAACGGACUGCCGCAGCAAGGCGGAGACUGUGGAGCAUGCGGCGUCCGCUGCUAGGAAGCGGCAUCGCGGUAAGCUAACGUUAGCAUACGCGUGUUUUGUUUUGGAGCCGGGCGUAUCCUCCAACCAGUUCUUGUAAACGUCACAGACACUUUGGAGUCUUUUUGUAAACAACAAAAAUCAAUUAGAGUCCUCAAUAAA